AUGUUGAUUGAUAUGGAAGUUAAGAAACAAAUUCAAAAUGAAAAGCCGAAAUGGCGUGAAGUGCUGAAACGAAUUCUGGCUUGCAUAAAAUUUCUAGCUAGCCAAAAUUUGGCUUUACGUGGUCACUGUGAAAGUCUUGCUGAAGAUGAUACCGAAUGUUACAAUAUAGGAAAUUUCCUGGCCACAAUGAAGCUAAUUGCUCAGUUUGAUCCAUUAUUAUCAAGUCAUCUACAGCAUUCUAAAAAUGUUCCGGGUUCAGUUUCAUAUCUGUCACCAAGAAUUCAAAAUGAAUUUAUCUGUCUUCUUGCAUCUACUGUCAGAAAGCAGAUACUCUGUGAUAUUCGACGAAACAAAUAUUAUGGACUAAUGCUAGAUUCAACACCUGAUCUAGCACACCGGGAACAGUUAUCGGAAGUUAUUAGGUUUGUUGAUGUUAAUUUCAAAACCAAAAAAGUGACCAUCAAAGAAUCUUUUCUUGGUUUUAUUCAGCUUCAUGCAAAAGAUGCAGCAACACUAGAAAAUGUUAUUGUUGAACAGUUGCAAGCAGACAACCUUCCUAUAGCUGACUGUCGAUCUCAGUGUUAUGAUAACGCAGCUGUAAUGGCAGGAGAACUGUCCGGACUCCAACAAAGAAUUGCCAUUCGAAAUCCUCAAGCAUCGUUUGUUAAUUGUAACAACCAUAGCUUGAAUUUAGCUGGAUUACAUGCUGCAAAACAGGAUCCAGUUGUUGUUACAUUUUUCGGUACAGUUGAGAAAAUUUACGUUUUUUUCAGUGCUUCAACUGUUCGAUGGGAGAAAAUGAAAGAAUUGCUUGGAAUUACAUUGAAGAGAGAAUGUCCAACACGCUGGAGUGCAAGACAAGAUGCGGUGAAUGCAAUCCACGAACAGUUUGAUGGAUUUUUACAGCUGUUAGAAAACCUGUAUGAAGAUGGUACUCAAACUAGUGAGACUCAGAAUGAUGCAUACAGUUUGCUUCAAAAUGUUAUGAAUUUCAAUUUCAUCACUCUACUUGAUUUCUGGCAUGCAGUUUUGUCAAAAAUUGACCGGAUUCAAAAACGACUGCAAGAUCCUUCAAUGAAUUUCCAUGACGCAGCACUGGAUUUAGAAGGACUGCAGCAACGGCUAAGUAGUAUUCGAGAAGAUGUUUGCAUCACUGCAGUCAAUGCAGCUAAAGUUCUGUGUGAAAAAUUGGUAAUUAGGAUAGAAGGAAGAAUUAAACGUCGAAAACAGAUGCCUGGUGAAAAUGCUGGUGAUGCAGGACUCGCUGCGGUUGAAGAAAUAACUCGCAUUAUGAAAUCAGUUAUUGAUAGACUAAUCCAGGAGAUGACAACACGAUUUGGUCGUCUGAAGACGUUAGAUGAAAAGUUUGGAUUUCUAUUCAACAUCAGCAAAUCGUUUGCUAAUGAUACCUCUAAUGAUAUUCAACAGCACUGUGCUACGCUGGCUGACUUUUAUAAAACUGAUAUCGAUGGAACUGAACGGUUCGUAGAAAUCAGUGACUACAGUAUGUUGCUGAAAACCCGGCCAGAUGCUACCCCAAUCAGCCCAUUAAAAUUACUUUCAUUUAUUAUUUCAUAUGGCAAUGACAUAUUUCCAAACUUGCGAAUUGCUUUGCAAAUUAUGCUGACAAUCUCUGUGUCAGUUGCUAGCUGUGAGCGUUCUUUUAGUAAACUAAAAAUCAUUUUUACUUAUUUGAGAGCUUCAAUGGGUCAGGAGCGUCUGUCAGACUUGGCAUUGCUAAGCAUAGAAAAGGAGCUGGUCGAAACAAUUAAUUUUGAUGAUGUCAUUGACAACUUUGCUAGUGCAAGAUCACGAAAAGUAGUUCUAUAA